CAGCAAGCGUUCUCGUGAUCAAGCUCAAAGCGCGGAUUUGGCAAAUUCAUUUAUUUAAAAUCCUUUAUGGAUUUAAAGGAUUUUAUCCUUUUGACCAGAACAUUUUAUUAGCGAUAUUUUAUAGCACAUAGAAAUGGCUUCCUUUGUCGCAGAAGUGUUGACAUCUGCUGGCCAGCUGGAGACACAGGAAGCCACUGUCAAACUGCAGCAGCUUUCCAAGAAGAUUGACAGCCACAAACUGGAAGUGUAUGAAAUCACCACAAACAAGUACACCAACUUUCUUCCUCAGCUACACAACACAGAGCAACUUGUUAGUGAUGUAGAGGGAUUUAAAACAGAAAUGGAUGAUAUUGCUAACAGGAUUGAAAAUCAGAUAAAAAGCCAGUUGAACAUGUCAACAGGAGAAUUUAAGUCAUUAAAUGGACAGCUGGAAGAUGUUAACUCUCUGCUUGUGGUGCUUGAGAAGAUUGUCAACCUACAGGAAGGAUUGGAAGCAAUAGAAACUGCUGUGAGAACACAAGAAUACUCCAAGGCAGCUGAUGCUGUUCGUUUGGUGAAGUCGUUGCUUGAUCAGAAAGUGUUUGGACAUGAAAACGAGGUGACAAUUCUCUCAGCUAUUCAGACCGAGAGUAAUAUACAGAUGCAGAAGCUGAUCAGUGAUCUGUCUGAGAAAUGGAAAAAUAUGAUACAGUGGACAAUACCAGAUGAUAAACAGAAAAAUGCCAACUCAGAAAGCGGUAGAAAAACUGAGCUGAAAAUAAAUACUAAAGGUGAAAAAGCAGACCUUCUUGAUAAAGUUGUUGUUGGCAUGAAGAAGAUGAAUAUUCUUGAUGAGAAAAUGAAAAGGUUUGGAGAGAGGUUGUUAAUGAAUGUGAUAGAACCAAUUAUGACUUACAGUCAGUGUGAAGUGACUGAGAGUGAAACUGGCAGUUCCAGGAUUCUUACAGUGGUUGUUAAAAAUGAUGAUGAGAUGUGUUGUCCUGCACCGCAGGAAAUGUUUGGAAAUUUAGACAAAGUUUUACGAUUCCUGAACCCAAAUAUGCUGUAUGUAGUUAUAGGUGAAGCAGUCAAUGAAAAUUCUGAUCCUUGUACAUUGAUGACAGUUCUAGGUGACUUGAUUGCCAAUCAGACGUUAGAACUGGCUGUAAAACAGUGCCUUAUCAAAGCUAUACCUAGUAGCAAUAAGGAACUUGAAGAAUUUAACAGAGUUAUCAUCAUGACAGAGGAGGUGCAGAAACACUUGGUAAAAUUGUGUUUUAUUCAGUCGGACAAUACCAUUUUAGUAGAUUACAUACAGAAUGUCAAUGUACUGUUUGCCAACAAGAAAUGCCAGGAGAUUCUGGAGAAAGCCCGAAGACUUAUGACAACAGAGGUACAUAACACAGUUGUAGUAAGCCAUGAUAAGCCUUUAGGCGAGUUAGCUCCCCUGAUGGAAGGUGUUGCGGGCAGUGGUGGGAAGAAACCUCGAAGGGACGAUCUUGCUGUAGAGUCGCCACUGAGUGGAAAUACCUUCAGGCUUCCUAAAUGUCAUAUCAGUACAUCUAUUCAAGAACUGAUGACAAUGGCAUAUGAGACACUUCGUGAGGCAGGGGAGAGUUCACCACAAUGUGCCAUACAGAUGUUCUGUGCAGUAAGGAAUAUGUUUGAACUGUUCUGCAGCGUUUUUCCUACCUACCAUAAACAGAGUCUGGAGACACUCCCACAGUUUACUGCAUUACAUUACAACAACUGUAUGUAUAUCUCACAUCACUUGAUGACACUUGGUCAUCAGUUUAGUAAGAAACUUCCACAGACUAUUAAUGCUACAUUUGUGGACCUUGUCCCAAAGAUACGUAGACUGGGCACAGAGAGUUUUCUACAACAGUUGUCCAAACAGAAAGCACAGAUGUUGGAAUACCUUGCUGCAGCUAAUGGAUUCCUGAAUGUGUCUGAGAAGGAUGCUUUCUUUGCAACAGAGAGAGCUGUUAAACAAGUUCUUCAUCAACUUCAACAUCUGAGAAAAGUCUGGCAUGAAAUACUUCCACCAACCAACUACAGGAAAGCUAUAGGAGGAUUAUUAAAUGGUGUGAUCAUCGAGGUAACAGACAGUAUCGUAGCUCUGGAGGACAUCUCAGCCGACGACACCAAACAGCUGUCAAGGUUGGUAACAACCAUCUCGGCGAGGGCUCCGGAAUUGUUUAAAGUUGAUGACGAGGAAAAGACAAAUAUAACAAUAGAGAUACAGAGAAACGUUGCCAAAUGGCAGAGAUUUCGAGAGCUAGACAUGGUACUAAAUGCCAGUAUGAUAGAAAUUGGGGACAGAUGGGCUUCUGGGAAAGGGCCACUGGCUGUUGUAUUUACUGCCAAUGAAGUGAAACAGUUGAUACGAGCAUUGUUUCAAAAUACAGACAGACGAGCUGCUAUGCUGGCUAAAAUUAAAUAGAUUUAGUUGGUAGUUGUUGAAGAUUUUGUUAUGUUUGAAGUAUUUAUUGAGCAGUUGUUACUGGAUUAUCAGCAAUUGAAUUAAUGUAUUUAUAAGCAGAGAUGGCACACUGGCAGGAUAAGACUGUGGUUUAAAAUUUAUUCAGAAUUAUUUCAUAUAUGAUUUCUUUGUCACUUGGAGUUGUUUUUACAAUAUGACUGGUAAUCUUCCAUUAUCUUCUGGUAAAGAGAGCUUCCAUUGUUUGACAAGACUUAGUAUAUUAAAACUAGGUAUCUAUAAACUUGUCAUUGUAAUGAUUCUGUUUCAAGAUAAUAAGUUAGCUGUUAUCAUUAGAACUCUAAUAUAUUAUGCUAUCAUAUAUAUUAAGCACCCCCGAUCUUGUAUCUAAAUUUUGGGAAACACAUACAUUGGAAUAUAAUACGCAUUGAAAAUUUGCGUGUUUGUUUAACAAUGUAUGGUCGAUUGUAUUGAUCAGUAAUAAUUAGCUUGGAAUACGGAAAUAACAAACAAACUGUUUUAAUUGCAUGUUAUUUAGACAGCCUCUGAAAGGAUUUUACACAUACAUGUAGCCCAGAGGCGUGAAAUUUUGCAUUUUACAUGGUUUUAAUCAUUCUACUGGCCCAUUAUCAAUCGCUGUUGGAUAUGUAAGAAAAUUGACUGACAUCGUGAGCAUGUGGCCACUCAAAUGAUUAAUUAAAUUUUAAAAUUAAAUCUAAAGAAUUUAAAAAAAAGGAAUACACAGUUUUAUCAUACAUCGUGUAUCACCUUAGGUUUUGGUACGGUACCCGCUUUUAGACCCAGCCAAAAGCGCUCUUCAAUAGGUGCAAGUAAUAUAAACACCAGCAAGCUGACAAAAAUUGUCCGAUUUUCGGUGAUAUUUACAUGCUAUCAAACUCAGAAAAAAAUGUAUGAAGGUCUACUUAGUUGUAUAAUACGCACACCUUUGUGAAAAUUAAAAAAAAAUUGUAAAAAACUUGCGUAAUAUAUUCAAAUGUUUACAGUAUUUGUUAAAAUAUAAGUACAUAAUAAAAGCAUAUAUAUGUAA